AUGGAGGAAAUCGGCCUUUAUCUCAAAUCAGGGUUCAGAAUCUUUUUCAUCGACAUUUCACAGCCGUCAAUGUUGUUUAACGAUUACGAUCUUCUUUAUUAUUCCUGUCAAGAAACCAACUACAAGUAUUUUAUUAAUUUGCCUUUGAAAAGUUUUUACAAGGCUUUGAACUUCGUCCAAAACGGGCCAUUGCUGAGGGGCCAAGGGCGAUCAUACGGAAGGGGUGAUCCAUCGCAAAUAGCGGAGCAGUACGACAUGAGCUAUCCGACAGAUUUCAACACUGGUCUGAAGCUGGAUGAAGAAUGCCUAAUGGAGUACGCUCGCUUUUUCUUUCGUAAUACUUUCAAUCACAGAUACUACAAGUUCAAUACAGUGUACCAGAGACGACAAUUCGUGAACAGAUUUGGUGACUUUGAGCUUGACAAUUCCGACAGAAUUCCGGAAAAGAAGCGCUGUUCUUAUGAUCGCGAGGGUAUCAAGUGGAGAAUACCAAUUGUUGGCGAGCUAUGA